UAAAUUAAAGAGACAAUAUUCAUGCAAUUAAUUCUAAAAAAAAUUAAAUAAAGAGAAACCGUUUUCGCCGGUGGUGUUGAUCUUUGCAUUUCUUCCAAAACAGAGAAAAAUCUCCAGCAUUUCCUUUCCUUCCAAAUCCAUUCAAUUCACUCAUAUUUCCAUUCCUUCUCCCAAAAAUGAUUCCCACCACCGGCAUUCUCAGGAAGAGGCAGCGCACAACCACCACCCGUCAUCCCUCCACCGCCGCAAUCGCCAACUCCUCAUUCUUCGACAUAAACCAAAACCGCCAUCGUUCCUCUCCGACCACCACCACCGGCGACACGUCCUCCCUCUUCUUCAACGAUGCCUCCACCGCAGACGUUAUCCUCCGACUCUUCACCGACGUCGCCUCCCCAUCGGAAUCCUCUCAUUCCUCCGUAUCUGUCGACUCGGCGCCAAUCUCCGAUCUCCACGUGUACCUUCACUCAGAAAUCCUCCGCCGAUCCAAAUACUUUUCCGCCCUCUUAUCCGACCGAUGGAUCGGCAACGUCCAUCCUCAACCACAACCACCGGAACACACCUCCGAUCACGAACUAUUCCGCCUCAAUCUGGGAGUUCCACCUUCUCCAGGCUCGAUCCAAAACCAUCUCACGGUUCUGAAACUCCUCUACACGAACGAUUUCCCAAACGCGGUCGACACCGCAUCAACGGCUCUAGAUCUACUUCCUGUCGCGCUAGAAUUACUCUUCGAGGAUUGCGUCCGGUGGUGCGUGAAUCACCUAGAAGCCGUACCGUGGACAGAAGAAGAAGAAAACAGAGUGGUGAACCUAAUUCCAUUCCUAAGCGAAGAAGAAUCGAAGGAACUCGUAGCUAGGGUUUCACCUGUAGGAGAAAAUGCAAGCGAGGAAAUGCUGCAAGGUUUAAUUUCAUCGGCGAUGAACAAUUACGGUAACACAGCGUUCGUGAAAGCUUUCGUAGGGAAGAUAUUAAGGGACGUGUCUUCAAGGGAAACAGCGAAGCGAGUUUUGGAGAAAGCGUUUAGGAAGAGUUUGAAAACGGUGAAGCAAUCUUUGGAGGAUUAUUCGAGUCCUGUUUUCAGAGGGAAUCAUAAAGAAACGGAAGCUAUUGAGAGGUUGAAUCUUCAUAAGGCUUCUACGAUUGGGAAGCAUCUUUUGUGGCUUGUGGAAAGGAUGAUAGAGCUUAGGGUUGCUGACGUGGCGGUUCGUGAAUGGAGUGAGCAAGAACCUUUCACUGCUGAUUUGAAGAGAGCUUUUCGUGAUGAUGCUUGGAGGAAUAUUGUUCCUGGUCUUCCUGCUGUUAUUCUUCGCUGUACCUCUAAGCUUGCUCAUGCUGUCUGUGCUGGUACUAUUUUGGCUUCUACUCAGGUGAGAAGGAAACUUGUAGAAGAUUGGCUUCCUGUUUUGGUUGUAUGCAAAGACAAUGUUUCACCUGCCAGCAACAAAGCGUUAUAUCUAGAGCUGGAAGAAACAUUUUUGCAAAUCAUCUCCACAUUGCCCAUGUCAGAUGCUCAAGAAUUGUUGCAGCAGUGCCUCAGCUUUUCGACCCGAAAUGUCGAAGACUGUCCUCACUUGGUCACAGCAUUCAACACCUGGUUCCGACGUGCAGCCAAUCCCUUCAAACUAGAUACUCCCUGCGAUCAAUCAGAUACCUGAUCUUCGGAACCCUUGUUGACUGCCUUAUCAAAUAUUGUGAGAUGUAUAUACUUACUCUAUUUAGAAAGUUGUGAAGUUUAACACUGUACAGAUAACUGUUUUCUAGGAUGACGAACAACAACCAAGAUACUUAGACCUUGUCCUUUGGUCUUAGACCUUGUCCUUUGGUUGUCGGCGUCUUUUAGUUGCCUGUGUUUCAAGUGAGUCAAAUUCGUGAGAGUGAGGGCAGUCAUUAAAUUACUAACGUACUUUACAAUUAUUAAGGUACUCACAUAUAUUCAGAUUGACUAAAAUUUAAACUUGCA